AUGCUCCUUCGUCGGUCACAUGCGGUCGCCCUCUCUCGCGGACAUCCACAUCGUCACAAUCGCCACUCGCCACAAUGGGCGGCAUCCCCAACAUCCCACCUCCUCACGCACUCCAACCACACCCCCCGCCGGCACUUCGUCCUUGACGCCUGCACUACCUUCCUCACAACCCUCCAUCAAACCACCAACCUCCCCUGGUACCUGACCCUCAUAACCGCCACCCUAACCCUCCGCACAUGCCUCACCCUCCCUCUCGCUCUCGACCAAAAAAAGCGCCUCGAGCGCUUCCACACCGCCACGACUUUGAUCAAGGCGUGGGAGAAUACGUUUCGCCGGAAACAUUUACAAGGGCUUGUUGGGAUCAAUCACACUCUCGCCGACGAGCCCACGCUGCGGCGACACUUACACGUCAAAGGAGUGGAGAUAUAUAACGCGAUGGACGCCAGUCCGCUCAAGCUGAUUUGGCGGCCGUUAGUGCAGAUCCCAAUGUGGGUUUGUCUGAGUUUGAGUUUGAGGCAGAUGAGCGCGUACCCGGUGCCCUUUUGUGAACCGAGGGAGGUGGUCGAGGGGUUUAGAGAGGGGGGUACGGCGUGGUUUGUAGAUCUGGCGAGUGCGGAUCCGACCUUGAUCUGGCCGAUCGCGUUGGGGGCGGCGCAUCUUUUGAAUGUCGAGUUGAACAACUCAAUAACAAAGAUGACCCACCCGCAAGGCACCUCCCGCGCCAUCGUCUACCUCUUCCGUGGCCUCUCGCUGGCCCUCGUUCCCGUCGCUUCACAAGUUCCCAUGGCGUUGACAUUGUACUGGACGACAUCGGCGUUCUAUUCGGUCGCGCAGAACUGUUAUCUGUGGACGCUUGCACGGCGGAGGAGGAGGGUGAAGGAUGCGCUCGCCGCUAUUACUGCGCCGCUUAGGGAAUCGAUUGGGGGGGUGGGAGAAGGGGUAAACGUGUUUGCGGUGCAGGGUGGGGUUAGGGGUGGUGCGACUACGACCGCAAGCGGGACGACGGUGGGGCCUACGCCCACGAUCCCAUCAAAAUCGCACACCGCCGCGACGCCAGCACCAGCGAAAUUACGUCCUAUCCCACCAACACCAACCAACCCACACAUCAAGGAGAUCAAGCUGGAGACGACGAUGAUAAAACCGACCACGGUAGACUCGAAACCACCCUAUGCGCCGUCAUCAUCAACAGUGGCAUCCAAGCCAGCAAAGGCAAAACCGACCCCGCCUCCGACUUCACCACCGCCUCCCCGCCAUCGCGGCUCGAUACCGAAGGCGCGGAAAUCUUAG